UCCCCAAAUGAUUUCCACCCAUUGGAAUAUUUUAAAGAAUGGUUCAGUAAACUGAAAAAUGUAAAAUAAAAAUACAGUGGAACCUCGAUAACUCGAACCUCUAUAAGUCGAAUUUUCGAUAACGAUUUGAAAUUCCAAGAAAUGCCUAACGAGUCAAGUGGGGAGGAGUCAGUUAUUGAAGACGAUGGCGAAUUGGCUUUACCUAAAACUACUCUUGCCCAGGCAUUAGAUAGUUUACAGGUUGUACGUAAGUACAUUCAAGAACAACAAGAAAUUGGAGACGAGAUUUUUUCCGCGCUAAACGUUAUUGAAAACUUUACAGAUAGGUCAAACAUUAAGAAACAAUCAAAAAUAUCUGAUUUCUUUAAAAAAUAGUUCUUUUUUUCUACUUUAGU